AUGACUGAGGAAGUGAAAGCCUGUAAUCCAGAGAAAGCCUUAGAGCUGAAGAAUGAAGGUAACAAGUUCGUGAAGGAGAAACUGUACGCAAAGGCAGCUGAGUAUUAUACAAAAGCCAUCGAGCAUGAUCCCGAGAAUACGAUCCUAUAUUCAAACCGUGCGUUCACCAACCUAAAGUUGGAUAACUUCCAAAGUUCUUUAGACGAUGCUAAACGUGCAAUUGAAUUGGAUAAUAACAAUUUGAAAGCCUAUCACCGCAGAGCUAUGUCUUACAUUGGGCUACUAGAGUUUAGAAAGGCAAGGAAGGACUUGAUCAUUGUGUUGAAAUUCAAGCCUAACGAGCUCACUGCAAAAAAUGCAUUAGCAAUCUGUGAUAAAGUCAUACAGAAGGAGAAUUUUGAAAAAGCUAUUAGCGGUGGAGACUCUUCUAAAGUUGAUUUAUGUCAAACUUUAAAUAUCAGCUCAUUCGAUGCAAAUGCCGAUCUCCUCAAAUAUGAUGGUAAAACCUUGGAAUUCGAACAAGUGAAGUCAGAUUCUGGGGCCAAUGCUGGUGUCAGAGUUAACAAUAUGAACCAGGAAUUCAUUUCUUAUAUGAUUAAUGAGAUUUUCCUAGAAGGUAAAAAGCUUCCAAAGGCUUACGUUGCAGCGAUCAUUUCUCAUGCAGACUAUUUGUUCAAGCAAGAAAACAGUGUUGUUGAACUUGAUAACAGAGAAAAGCCGGAUACAAGAAUUUCUGUAUGUGGUGACACGCAUGGUCAAUUUUAUGAUGUUCUGAACAUCUUCAAAAGUUAUGGGAAAGUAGGCGGCUCCAAUGUAUAUUUAUUCAAUGGUGAUUUCGUAGACCGUGGAUCAUGGUCUUGUGAAGUGGCCAUUUUAUUCUAUUCUUUGAAAAUCGUGUAUCCACAGAACAUUUACUUGAACAGAGGUAAUCAUGAAACCAACAGCAUGAAUAAAGUGUACGGGUUUGAAGACGAAUGCAAAUACAAGUACUCCCAGCGCAUUUUCGAUCUUUUCUCACAAAGCUUCGAAUCUCUACCAUUAGCCACUGUCAUCAAUAGUUCAUACCUGGUCGUGCAUGGUGGUUUGCCAAGUGAUACUUCUGCCACUGUAGAAGAUAUGAAGAAAAUUGAUAGAUUCCACCAACCACCAAGAGAGGGAACAUUUAUGGAGUUAUUAUGGGCGGAUCCACAGGCUCCGGAUGGAUUUGGACCAUCUCCUCGUGGCUUAAGUAAUGCGUUUGGGCCUGACAUUACUAGAAAGUUCUUGAAACAGAAUAAUUUAAAGCGAAUCUUCAGGUCUCAUGAAGUUAGACAAGGCGGUUACGAAUUUGAGCAUGAGAAUCAAUUGGUCACUGUUUUCAGUGCUCCUAACUACUGUGACGCCGGUGGCAACCUCGGUGCAAUCAUUCAUGUUGUUCCAAACACAAAAUCUGAAAAGAAAUCAUCUAUCGACAGCGACUUGGUAAUAGAAACUUUCUCUGCUUCACCACAUCCAGAUAUUAAACCAAUGGCAUAUUCAAAUGGAGGGUUAGGAUUUUGA